CCUGUCCCCAUGGAGUUCUCUGAGCUGAUCAAGACUGCCAAGGUAGAGAACGUGCUGCUCUCGGGCCCCGGGGUCCCAGCGGUCAAGGGGACCCUGUGCAUCACCAGCCAUCACCUGCUCCUGUCGUCCCAGCCUGGCGGGGAUGGGGAGCAGGGGACAGUGGAGCUCUGGCUUCUCAUCCGGAACGUGGACGCCGUAGAGAAGAGUGUUCAGAACCUAGGCUGGUACCAAAGCGCCAGGACUAACAGCUCUCCACGAGAGACCAGGUUUGCCAGCUCCUCGGGCACCAUCACGCUCAAGUGCAAGGACCUGCGGGUGUUGCAACUGGAGAUCCCAGGCAUGGAGGAAUGUCUCAACAUUGCCAGCUCUAUCGAGGCCCUCUCGUCCGUGGAGUCGGUGAUGAUGAUGUACCCAUUCUUCUACAGACCCCACAGCAUGAAGCUGGAGCAGGGCUGGCAUCUCUACCUACCCCACCAUUACUACCAACAGGUAGUCGCGGAGACAAGUGCUUGGAGGCUGAGCAGCGUGAACAGGGACUUUGCCACCUGCUCAACUUACCCAUCAGCCAUCAUUGUGCCAGCCAUAGUGGAUGAUGAAGCCUUGAGGAAGAUCGCUCGCUUCCGCCAGGGGGGCCGGUUCCCUGUCCUCAGCUACUAUCACAAGAAGAACCAGACCGUGAUGCUCCGCAGCGGCCAGCCGCUGAUGGGCCCCAACAAAAAGCGGUGCCAGGAGGAUGAGCUGCUGCUCAAAGCUGCGCUGUGCGGGAGGGUGCGUGGCUUUGUCAUUGACACCCGCUCAGCCCAGGCUGCCAAGCAGGCCCGCAUGACGGGAGGUGGCUCUGAGCCCAAAGCUGCCUAUCUCGGCUGGAAGAGGCUGCACAGGCCGCUGGAGAGCAGGGGCCGCCCGCUGCAAGAGAGCUUCAUGAAGCUCGUGGAAGCCUGCAAUGACCCGUCCCUCGGCAUGGACCGCUGGCUGAGCAAGCUGGAGAGCUCCAAGUGGCUGUCCCACGUCAAGGCAGCGCUGAGCACUGCCUGCCUGGCCGCACAGUGCAUGGAGAGGGAAGAGGCCUGCGUCCUGGUGCAUGGAGCCGAGGGCACAGACACCACCCUGCUGGUGACAGCACUGGCUCAAGUGAUCCUGGACCCAGACUGUAGGACGCUGGUGGGAUUUCAGCACCUGCUGGAGCGGGAGUGGAUCCAGGCAGGACAUCCGUUUCACCUGCGCUGCGCCCACUCCGCGUACUCGCACGCCCGGCUCAAGCAGGAAGCCCCCGUCUUCCUCCUCUUCCUGGACUGCGUGGGGCAGCUGGGGCGCCAGUUCCCCUUCUCCCUGGAGUUCAGCGAGCGCCUCCUGCUGGCGCUGUUCGAGAACAGCUACGCCUCAGCCUACGGGACCUUCCUGUGCAACAGCGAGAAGGAAAGGUCCCUGUGUAAAGUGAAGGAGACGACGCACUCGCUCUGGUCCUGGCUGAACCAGCCUAACCAGCAGAAGGAAUACCUGAACCCCCUGUACUCGUACAACGCCCUGGUCAUCUGGCCGUCCGUGGAACCCCAGAGCCUGCAGCUCUGGCAGGGCUUGUUCCUCCAGUGGAUCCGCUCCUCCCAGUACCUGGAUGAGGCCUGGGCAGAAAUCCAGCGACUGGUGGAAGGCAGCAAAACACCGAGGACCAAUGGUGCUGCUCAUUCCCAGCGGCUGCUCCCCCACUGACCUUACCACAACAGAGGGGAGGUUGCUUCAGGACAGCUGGUGGCUCAGGCACUGCCAGGCCCUGGAUCCAUCAUUUCAUCCUCCUCCAGGGGGGAAAAAAAACAAACUGCUGUUUUUCACCUGGAGCUUUGUGCUGGUCACAGGCUCUGUUGGAGCCCUGGCAAGCCUGGACUGCAAAGCCAGGCUCUGAACUGAGUUUGCCUGGUGCAGAGGCCAGUGGGUUACCUCAAGGUGUUACAACCAAAGCACAGACAGUAAAAUGGACUGUUCUCA